GUCUUGUUAGCAUUAAAUGCCGCACCAGUACUGCUAAAACUUGUCUUGUCUUUUGACAUCACUCAAGUCAAAGACUCACCGAUGUGGAGAUGUGUUAUUGAUGAGGCAGGAGUUAAGUUCGAGUACAUCAGAAAGUUGCUUUGUCAAAAGUUGGUCAAAUUGCUUGUUGCUGUGAAAGAUAGCGCCAAGAUUAUCCGCCGUGUUGUUGUUAGCAUUCUUCACCCUUAACCCGGAAACAAAGACUUCAUUGUUGUUCACCACAAUAUGAUAUUAAAUAAUACAAUGUAAUAAAAAUAAGACUUCAUUUAACACUUAAUAAAGGUCUAUAAUCUGCGAUACAAUAAAGCUGCGAUAUUUGAAAUGUAAUGUGGCGAGGGACGACUGUAAAUAUGAAGAUAUUAAAAACCAUAUUUACUAGUGGUUGGUGCUUUGAAUACUGUAAAUAAAGAGGAAAAACACGCUAUACUUAUGUGAUCAUUGGAGUGUAAGGAGUUUUGACUUAGGUCAGGUCUUCAGGUCACCAUCUAGAAAUGAAAUCAGAUGUAAUGACAGAUUUGCUUGCAUUGCACAUAAUGGAGGAAAUAAAAGUCAUCAUGCAAAUCAGCUGUUUGUGUUUGCCAAGUGCCGAAGUGGAGAGUUCGGUGCUCAAAGUUGACCCGCCGGGUCGGAAGGUGAAAGGCGGCGUGACAAGUAGCCAAAGACAAAGCAUGUGACUUUGUGGACGGACUCUGGUGAGAGCUGAGCCUGUCCAGCUGUUGACUGGCGCGCAUCGGUACCUUUAAGAUGCGGCGGACGGAGGCUUGUGCCGCCUAUUGCGCCUAAACGACACCAUUUUACCAAGCGUCCAGCUCGGCCCGGUUACCGAAGGAGCACCCGGUGCUCUUUGUUGUCGACCGAGAGAAAGCGGCGGGUGGUCGUCGGUCGGUGGAGCUCCCCGAAAUGUCGGGAGAGGAGGAGAAGACAUCCGUGGGGAGGCGCAGAGAGCAAAUACUUUCCCUUUAAAGCUGAAAGGGACACGACGAGAUAAAAAAAAAAACGGGAGAAGGACAGCGAGGGAGGGAGGGACACGGUUUGAAAAAAGAGAAAGAUGUCAUCCCGGCCAUUCAAACAGCGAGGCGAAGUCCGGGAUCGCGGCGGACCAGGAGCGUUCUAGUUGGGGGAUGAACCUAACGCGAGGCCGAGGCUUUGCACCCGCGCGAAGGCCUUCCUGGAGCUAUUGCUAAAAAUGUCUGCGGGGGGUCGUUAGCUGCUUUUUGUCACGUUAUUUUACUCAUGUUUUUGCUUUCUAGUGCAUUUUAACGUUUAUCACUGUAAACAUAAACCACUGGAAUACGAAUGACAGCUUUUGUUUGAGUAAAGAUGGAGAAGCAACACUGAUUUAAAGCAGACGAUACGGCCUCGUAUUAGUAUUUACCUAGCAGUACUAUAGUACGUAGUAGUACUAUUUAGUAGUAUUUAGUCAUUUAGCAGCGGUGGAGUGAGGCUGCAGCAUGGACACAUCAUGGAGUAAUUUCCUCUUCCAGACGCCGGCGACACCGAGCCAGCAGGAGGCGCCCUUGCAGUCGGAGCUUCUGCCCGAACUGACCGGCGAGGUGCAGAGUCCUUUGGCGGAUCACAUGACCACGCCGCCGUCCACCGUGGACACCGCCGCACUAAGCGAAGAGCCGCCUCCAGUCAAGGCUGUGCCCAAAGCCCCGCGGCCUGCCCACGUCUGUGCCACCUGUAGCAAGGAGUUCAAGAACAGCUACAACCUGCGGCGCCACCAGUCGGUCCACACGGGCAUCAAGAUGAAGGACCGCACCCGGGACAAGGAGGAGGGGGGCAGGGUGGUCCAGAAGCAGACGAUCCCUCUGUCCCUCCUCCAGCUUUCCCUGCCGCCGCCCCCUCUGCCCGAACCCUCCUCCCCUGCGGCCCCCGACUCCCUACCCCUGCACGGCCAGUCGGUGUCAGUGUCCAUCGCCCCGGUGGGCGUGAGCGUGGCAAUGGCGCCUCAGCCCAUCCAAGCAGCCCUAGUGGUGGUGGGCUCUGUGGAGCAGAAUCCCAACCCCGUCCCCAACCCCAACGCCAACCAGGUGCGCAAGAACCACGCUUGUGAGGCCUGCGGGAAAGCCUUCCGAGACGUGUACCACCUGAACCGCCACCGGCUGUCCCACUCGGACGAGAAGCCGUACUCGUGUCCCAUCUGCCAGCAGCGCUUCAAGCGGAAAGACAGGAUGAGCUACCACGUGCGCUCGCACCAGGGCGGCGUGGAGAAGCCCUACGUGUGUCCUCACUGCGCCAAGGCCUUCUCACGCCCGGACCACCUCAACAGUCACGUGCGUCAGGUUCACUCCACGGAGAGGCCCUUCAAGUGCACGACGUGCACGUCGGCCUUCGCCACGCGGGACCGUCUGCGGGCUCAUCUGAUUCGCCACGAGGAGAAGGUUCCAUGUCACAUCUGCGGGAAGCUCCUGUCAGCCGCCUACAUCAGCGACCACAUGAGAGUCCACAACCAGUCACAGCACCACUCCUGCCACCUGUGCAACCGCAGCUUCACCACGCUCACCUACCUGCGCGUGCACGCUCAGAAGCACCACGGCCAGGAGUGGAAGGAGAGCGGCGGCGCGCGCGGCGGCUUCGGAGGAGCGGGGCCCGGCGGCGUGCUGCUGUGCCAGCUGUGUGGCGUGCAGUGCAAGACCUCCACGCAGCUGGAGGGUCACAUGGGAACCCACGCCAGCCAAGCGGACCUCGAACCGACAGGCGCGGAGCCGGCGGGCGCCGCCGGUGUGUCGGGGGGCGGCGAGGUGGGACUACUGGUGACUGACUGCUCCAGCAUCGCCCCCCAGACACACAGCUAGCACGUGACUUAGUGUCGACGUCAUGAUUACAUCACUGUCAUGUGAUGAUUGCUUCAUGUGAACUAAAGACGUCUGUCACUUUUAAUUAGUGGGCGUGAGGAAGCCAAUGAUGUGUUAGCAUGUAAAUAAUUUUCUAAACAUCGUUGUCAUCAACUUUGAAUGUUCUUCUUCAUCGUAGCUCUCUUGGUGAAACUUUCUCUGUGCGUACUGAUUGUUUGUGUAUUAAAUGCAGCAGCGUGCAUGUCUGGA